AUGAUGGGACAAUAUAUUCCACCUCCGCUUCCAGUCGCAUCAAGCUAUCAAAAUGAGCCGGAUAAGGUUGGGAUAUUUUAUUAUUAAUUUUUUAUCUAAAAAUUUCUACAGAUUAAUCAAUCCGUCGAUUUUCUUAUUAAAAAAGUCGUUGAUGCGAAGAAAAUGAUUGAAGAACUCCUUUUUAUGCUCGAUUUACAAGAAAAAUGUCCAUGGCAAGAUAUGCUUGAGAAAUUUUCCUCAUUAGCAUCAGCAAUGUCAAUAUUACAAUCAUCUCUCAGAAAAUCAGGAUUACAAUCAGGUCAUGAAGAUUAUGGACAAUUUUUGAGAUCUCACGUUUUUGUGCCACAACGAUUACAAUAUGAACCAGAUGCACAAUUACAGAAUCUGACAGAUUCACGUGUUUGGAGUUGGAAUCAUGAUUUGGUGCCAGAUUUUUUGAGAACCAAACCAAAUCCAGAAAUGGAAAAUAUGGAAGCAAUGAUGGAUAAUGAAAGAAUGCAAAAACAAAAUGAUGUUGUUGUGAGACAAAUUGCUGCGUUUAAUAAGAAUAUUGAUUUGAUUUUACAACAUAUUUCGAGUAUUGAUCGACCGAUGGCAGAUAUUGCUGCAGAUAGGGUAAUAUUUUUUGGGCAAAAAAACGGGAGGGAGUCUUUUGAGUAAAAAAAACCCAAGGAGGAAGAAUUUUUCAGAAAAAAAAUGACUAAAAAAUGUACCCGACCUAAAUCUCGAAGAUUUUUUACGUUUCAGAAAUUUUAGAUGAAAAGUUUUCAAAUUUUGGAAAAUUAGUAAUUCAUUUAUAGAUUUUGCAAACAUUUUUGAUCCAACUAAAACUAAAUAACAAUUCGAACAGAAUAACAAUUGAAAUUUUUAAUCUGUAAGAAAAAGUAAUACUGUAUAAGUAUCGUCGAAAAAACACUUAAAUCCACAUUGAAGUUUUAAAAAAAGUUGGUUUUUUGAUCACCCCAUCUAACCCAAAAAAAGUCUAGUCCACCAAAAACAUUCUUCCCCCUAAUGUCACCAUUCACCAGAUGGCGCAGUUGGUAAAAUGUGCGAAUUUCAGUUGUAAGGCCCCCAGAUCAUCCCCAUCAAAAAUGACGAAAAUUAUCGAAAUGAUCCCGAAAAACUACACCGGGAAUAUAUUGUAUUGUGAUUAUUGUUAACGAUAAGAUCUGAUUUGGUUUUAUUUUUGAAAAAAAACCAGUUCCUCAUUUUUUGUUCUCUGGAGAUUAAUUAGUUUUUUGAGAGAAGAGAGGGGAAAAAUUAAUUUCCGUUUUACGACAAAGUUCAGAAUUUUCGUUUAAUCAAUUUUUCGUUGAAACGUUAAAAACUUCAUUAUAUUUUUACCUAAAGUUUGAGCUAUGACGUGUGAAUCUAGGAAUUUAUUCAGGUCCGAAAUGAUGAAGCUGAGAAAAUCUCUCAUUUUUUCUAAAUCUGAAAAAUCCAAAAAUAAUUUUUCAACGUGUAAUGUGGCGUCGCAAUUUCCAAUUUCAAUCUUUCAUUUUCCAAAUUCAAAAUUUCAGCAAACAUAUGACCGCGAAGAAACAGUGAAAUGUGUGAAAGCCAUUCUGAACGGGGAUCUUCUCCGAAGUUCCCGUCCAACUCAUAUGCAACAACCACCUCCACAACAACAACAACAACAUCCUCAACAACAAAUGAUUCCACCACAACAUAUGCAUAUGGGUGGAGGACAAAUGAUGGGACAUCCAAUGGGAGUUCCUGGACCACAACAACAUCAUAUGGUUGUUCCACCUGGUAUGAUGGUACAACAAAUGGGAAUGCCAAUGGGACCAGGACCUGGUGGACAUAUGGUUGGAAGAAUGCAACCACAACAACAACAUCCUAUGCCAAAUAUUAGUAUUCAACGAUAAAUUAUUUGAAAUAUUUUUUAAAAAAUUGAAAUAUUUAUUUAAUUUGUUUAAACGUAGAGUUUUACUACGUUGAAAUAUCUGAUUCUGAAUAUUUUUCUCAAUAAUAAAUAAAUUGCAGAAAAACAGGAUGAGAUGAGCAGCGGAAGACAUUUUAGAUCUCGAGUGGGCAGUUAUGGAAGUCGAGAUUUUGAUGCGAAAUCGGAACGAAGGCCAUCGCAUUUGGCUGGAGCACAUCCAGAAUUGCAAGUGCUAAUUGAUGAGUGGCUUGUUAGAGAAAGGUAUUAUUUUUGGGAGAGAGAAAUUGAAAGUCGGAGAGAUUUUGAGAAAAAAUGGGCACAAAUUUCUGCCCUAGAAUUAACAGUAGCAACUCUGUAAAAAGACUUUACGCCACAGAAAAUCUUUGAAAAUAGGUUCUGAAAUCAUUUUAAUAGUUCGGACCUGAAAACUUUUGACAAUUUGGCACAUACAUAAAAUAGGUCCCCCGAGUCAGUUUUUAAAGUUAGAAUCCCUUCUUGAAAAUUUUCCAAAGUUAAACACCUGCCUCACAUUUUUGAGCGAAUUUUGUUAAAUUAUCAGCAGAAAAUUGGCCAAGUUAGGCACCCUUCUCUUCAUAUUUUUGAAAAAAGGUAAGCCCCUCACCCCGAUUCAGGGGACCCAUUUUAUGUAUGAUUUGGCAAUAAUUGAUUAAAAAAAAACAAUUUUCAGACCAACUCUUGAAUUCGAAGACAUCGAUUCAUUUCUUCUUCCAAAUAAUCGAGAACCUGUUGAAAUUCUCGACAUUGGAGAUGAUUCGAAAGAUCGUGAAGUUCUAACUGUCAAUUUCCCAUGGUUCUCUGCAACUGUUCGAGUUUCUUUCACAAUUAUGUUGGCGGAUUUGAAAAAAGAGUUAUUUGAAAAUUUGGGAAGGUAAGGGUGAUUUUUUUUUGAAUUCAACAAAAAUGUCACUUGUAGAAUGGCACAUCCUGAUUUUUCAAUGACAGCAUCUGAUUAUGUCUUUCGAUAUAUAAAUCAUUUUCAAGAAAUGGAAUCAGUAUUCACUGAAGAUAUACCAUUAUCACAAUUACAUUUAUCAGUUCCAUUUCCAAUGAUAUUUUUGCAUGAACCGGAUGGAUUAAAUCAUGAUAAGGAAUUAUGCAAAGAUAUCAGUCAUUGUUUAGGAUAUCCAAUUGAUAUAUUAGAACAAAGAUUGGAUGAUGAAUUACGACAAUAUCGAGCAUGGUUAUUUACAGUUACAAAAGAAGCUUGUGCUAUAAGAGGAUGUGAAGGUUUUGAUCAUUAUGCAUUUCCGGAAGAAAAAGUAUUGUCUGUUGAACAAACUUGUCCACAUCAUUUAAUCAGCAAAAUUAAGUGUAAGUUCAUAGUUUAUUGUAUUUUUGACUAGGCUCCUUCAAAAAUACAGUAAUUCAAAAAAGUUGAGAAAUUCGCAUGCCCGGAGUGGCAUUCGAUUCAACUUCAAAAACGAUGAUUAUCAAAAAAUCUCACUCACAAAAUUUUAGCUUCAAACCUUCACUACAAAUUUUUCUACCGUACUCGCGCUGCCGAAGAAUCAAAUGAUGAUUCGAAUAUCUUGCCAUUAACUAUUGAUUUUCAUCCUGAUCUCACUCCUCGUUCUGUUAUAAAUGGUUUAAUGGACGGAAUAAAACGACAAGAUUUUCGUGAUCCCGCCGAUCCAGACGAUGAAGUUUUUCUGAUUCAAUUAGCUGGACAAAAGAGUUUUCUGACAAGUGAUACGAAUUUAUUGGUUACUUAUAAGGUUCGUCAUUUAUUUUUCUGAAUUGUUUUUUAAACAACUUGUACUUGUUCUAGACAGUUCGAUCUGCCCUCGAAAACUAUCGAAUUCCCCAUUUUGUUAUUCGAAGAAAAAGUAUUGUGAUGCGAGAAUAUUUGAAGCCUAAAAACCUGCAUAUUCCAAAAUAUGUGAAAGCGCAAGAAAGAAGAUUGGCUCUAGAUUGUCUAACAAUUUCAAUUGAAAACACACCAAAACCAACAAGUUCUAAAAGUCGAAAAGAAGAUGAAGAUGAUAAAGUUAUGUCUGAUUUUCGACCAGCUGCUAUGCUUCAACAUGUUUCAUUAUGGGAUUUGGAUGCGAAUUUGAUGAUUCGACCGGUUUCUUUGAAUAAUAUCUCGUUUACUGAUCCGGAUUCAGUGGUAAGGUUCUUCGAGGAUUUAAAAGGGUUGGGCCAAAAUAGGAUGAAUAAAAUCAUUUUUUUGAUCUACCUCAACAACUUUUCAAGAUUUUGAGCCAGAAAAUUAGUUUUAAAAUUUUAAAUGUGUUAAUUUUAUGAAUCCGAAACCCGCUCGUAAACAGAAAACACAGAAUUCUAAUUUUUUAAAACAAUUCCCAAAUUAAGUAGGAUUUUCUGUGCUGAAAACCGAAAAAAAUUCCGGCCAAUUCUGAAUGAUUUGCAGAUUCACUUCGAAUUCACAGUUUAUUGCGGUCGCGCUUUAUUAGUUCAGAAAAAGUCCACUCGGCAAAAUGUAACAAAUCCUCGAUGGUCCGAUGAAAUGACAUCUUUCGAUUUAUAUAUGAAAGAUUUGCCACCUUCAGCAGUUUUAGGAAUUCGAGUUAUUAUGUCAAAAGCUGGAAAAAGAAAAAUAGAAGAAUCAGAAGUUGGAUGGGUAAAUGCAAGUUUGACAGAUUGGAGAGAUGAAUUGAGACAAGGACAAGUUUCAUUGAAUUUAUGGGCACCGGAAAAAAAUGCGAAUCGAAGUAGAAUUGGUGAAAAUACUGCAAAAAUCGGGUUGAAUACAAGGGUAACAAUUGAAAUUGGAAGUUAUGGAGGACGUGUAAAAAUGCCGACAAAAGAACAAUACACAAAUCUUGUUGAACAUCGUGAAACUUGGCCAGAAGAAAAUAUAAUACAUCCAGAAGGAUAUCAUGCAGAUGAUGAAAAUUAUAAACAAUUAAUAAAAUUAAUAACAUUACAUGAAACUGGAACAAAACUCAAUGAUGAACAAGAGCAUUUUGUAUGGAAAUGGCGAAAAUUUAUAUCACAACACAUGCCGGAUUCAAUUAUAAUGAUAUCUGAAAUGGAUAUGGUUUGGAGAGGAAGAGAACAUUUUAGUGAAUUGUAUGUGAUGUUGGAUUCGUGGAAGAAUUUAAGUGUUGGAGCAGCUUUGACAUUAUUAGGAAAAAGAUGUACAGAUCGAGUAUUGAGAAGAUUUGCGACUGAACAAUUAGAUAAAGUUUUAGAUGGAAAUACUUUCACACUUUUCAUCUUACCAUUGAUUCAGGUGAGUUUUAAUGGACAUUUUUCUCAAAAUACUUUUUUUGUGAAAAAAAAUUACACAGUCUGAUUUAAAUUUUAAUAAUUUUUAAUGACAUUCAACAAACAAAAAAUAAUGUUUUCUUUUUGAAAAACUUACAAAACACCUAAUUUUUUGUCUGUACUCUCUCAAUUUUACCUUGUCUCAAGUCAAAAUAAUAUUCUGAAUGUUUCGAUUUCUCGACGUUUUUCUGCACAGGAAAAAUAUUAACUUCAAAAAAUUUCUACUAAAAUAUUAAAAUUUUCCAACGGAAAAUUCUGUUCAGUUCCAAAAAUUCUAAAUUUUAAGAACUAAAUUAACCUGGGAAAUUUUAAAUCGAAAAAUCAAAAAAAAAACAAUUGCAGGCUCUUAAAUACGAACCGCGUGCUCAAUCCGAUGUUGGAUGCCUUUUGUUGAGAAAAGCAUUGUCAGACUAUCGAAUUGGACAUAAACUUUUUUGGUUGCUCAGAGCUGAAAUUUCUGGAUUACGGUAAGCACCCCUCCCCCUAAAACUCUCCUCCUAAAACCCCCAUAUUUUUCAGAGAUGUCGAAACUAGAAGUGAAGAAUUCCGUCGAAUAGCACUUCUUAUUGAAGCAUAUUUACGAGGAAAUGAAGAUCACAUCAAAACUAUUUUGAAACAAGUUGAUAUGGUUGAAUUGUUGUCUGAAUUAAGUGUUAAAGUGAAAUCGUGUGCAAAAGAUAUGGCAACGAAAACAUUGAGAGAUGAAUUGAGAAGUCAGGCUGCCAAGUUUCAACAUAUGGAUUCACCAUUGGAUCCAACUUAUUUUUUGGGUGGAUUGAUGUGGGUUUUUUUUUUCAAUUUUGAAUGGAAAUUGCAUACGGUACCCCAAAUUUUUAUUCAAAAAGUUUUUAGAAUCGAAAGAUGCAAAGUUCUUGGAUCAGCCAAAAUGCCGCUAAGAUUGGUUUGGCGGAAUUUGAACACAUUGAGUGAAUUGCAUUUACCAAUUUGUGAGAUUCUUUUCAAAAAUGGAGAUGGUACGGUUUUCUUUGUAAAUUCAAUUUGAAAUCUUUUUGAUCUUCAGAUCUUCGACAAGAUAUGUUAGUUCUACAAGUUCUUGAAGUAAUGGACAAUAUUUGGAAAUCAAAACAGCUUGAUUGUUGUCUUUCACCAUAUCCAGUUCUUCCAAUGGGCACAAAAAUUGGGAUAAUUGGAGUUGUCCCAAAUUGUGCAACAAUUUUCGAGAUUCAAAGAGAAAGUGGAGGACAGAAAAAAAUGGGAACAGCUGUAAAAUCAUUGGAAACUUCGUUUUUGAAUAAAUUCAUUCGACAACAUGCGGCUGGAGAUUCGAAAGAGUAUUUGGAAUGUGUUGAUCGAUUUUUGUGGUCUUGUGUUGGAUAUUCGGUUGCUACUUAUAUUAUGGGCAUUAAAGGUAACGGAUAUUUUAAUGAAUACAUUUUAACGUCCAAAAAAUUGAAUUUUAUUGAAAACUUUGAACUGGAAAUGUAUCGUUUCAAAAAAUAAUAUGUUUUCAGAUCGACAUAGUGAUAAUAUUAUGAUGACAUUUGAUGGAAAACUAUUCCAUAUCGAUUUUGGACAUAUUUUGGGACACGGAAAAACGAAGUUAGGAAUUCAGGUAUUUUCCUAACACCCCAUAUCCCCUCCCCCCUCAAAUCGUUUUUCUUUCCAGCGUGAUCGUCAACCUUUUGUUCUCACUGAACAUUUUCUAUGUGUCAUUCAAAAGGGACAAACUGUGUCGAAAGAAUCGCACGAUGUUCAAAAAUUCCGAGAUCUAUGCACUGAUGCUUAUAUUCUACUUUGGGAACAGCGAAACUUGUUUGAGAGUUUGUUCACUUUGAUGCAGGGAAUGGAAUUGCCGGAAUUGUCGACUUCGCAGGAUUUGGAACAUUUGAAAAAGACAAUGUGUGUUGGAGUUGAUCAGAAAGUGGAUGCUGAGAGGUUUGUGAUGAUUAGAAAAAAUUAA